AUGCUCCCGACAGGAUCCUGUGGAACGCUCGAGUGUUGCCUACACGGCAAAGCAUGUCGUGCAAGUCUACAACAUGCAGAAGAAUUGAAACGCCAAGUCAAGUCAUUUGGCCGCGGGAAAUUGGUUGAGCAGGAAAUUGAUAAGAAGCAGACUCGACAGAAAGAAGCUAUCGAUAGGCUAGCAAAUCACUUGAUGUUUGAAUUUUGCCUUAAACUGGAGACGCAUGGGUUAGAAAGUGCUUGCAAUUCAGACAUGCAGAGGAUCAUACCAAACGUCGCCAGAAGAGACGAGAAGCGCGUGCUCGAAGGAGAUUAG